UGCUAUUCCGGAUUGUGUCGAUCUUUCUGUAGAAGCUGGUAUCUUCAUUGUUCGGUGACUUACAACCAUGGCCUCCCUUGUUACAUGCGUAAUUACCUCCGCCGGAUGGUGCUUUUGCACCGCCUGUGCUUCUCUACUGGGAGCCUGCUGCGGCAACGACAAGGCCUCGACGAUUCCACCAAGCGUCACUUCCGGACGGCGACGUUCGGUGCUACUUCUGUUUUUUUCGAUUGCGAUGGCGCUCGUUUUCCAGUACGGAAUCGCCCCCGCUAUAGUUGACGCCAACGAUUUGACUAGCUUUGUUAGGGACAAGUGGACGGAUGGAUGUUCCCAGUAUGUCGACAUCGACGUGGUCAAGUCUUGUGCUGGCAACAAUGGUGUUUAUCGCGUAUCGGCUGCUUCGACGCUAUUCUUUGCAUUCGCGGCGCUGGGAGCUCUACUUAAACCCACGGCCAAUCGAGAAGCAUGGCCGGCCAAAUACACUCUCUACUUCUUUCUCUGUAUCGUCACUAUUUUCAUUCCCAAUGAUCCGCUUUUUUCUGACGCCUACUUGAACAUUGCACGUAUCGGCGCAGUCCUUUUCAUUGUUGUUCAGCAGCUUGUCAUUGUUGACAUGGCUCACGAAUGGAAUGACAGCUGGGUCGCUAAGGCGGAUGCCGCAGAAGCACAGGAGGCUGGGUCCGGGAAAAGGUGGCUCGGUGCUAUUGUGACUGCUUGCAUAAUGCUCUUUGGAAUAUCCAUCAUUGCAAUAGGCGUCAUUUUUUCUCGCUUCACGGGAUGUGGCACAAACAAUGGAUUUAUUACUGUCACGCUUGUGCUCGGCGUCUCAAUUGUCGGUGCGCAGAUGUCUGGCGAAGAAGGUUCGUUGCUAGCCAGUGCCUGCGUCUUUGCGUGGUCUGUGUUUUUGUGCUACACAGCCGUUUCCAAGAACCCUGAUGCAUCCUGUAAUCCUAUGCUGGGCGAAAUGGAUACUGUGAGUAUUGUGCUGGGCUUGACCGUGACGGCAAUUAGCCUUGGAUGGACGGGAUGGUCGUACACGGCCGAAGACAAGCUGCGGUCGUCUUCUGAAGAGGAAAGCGCUGCUGCAGCCACGGCCAGGGCCAGUGACGACUCCGAGAAAGAUGUCAGGCGGGACGUCACAGGUGUGGUCACAGGCAACGACUAUGGAACGCAAGACGACGAAGAGCAAGCUAACAGUGCGGGUCAUGCCGAAGUGGAUGAAUCAGUCUUGAACAAUCCUAGCCGUCUAUCCAAUUCAUGGAAGCUGAACGCCAUUCUAAUGAGUGUAUCAUGUUGGAAGGCUAUGGCUCUAACCAAUUGGGGCGCGAUUGUGGCCAAUGGCAAUGCUGCUAAUCCUCAAGUCGGCCGUGUUGGGAUGUGGAUGGUUAUUGCCUCGCAAUGGCUUGUUCUGACGCUGUACUUGUGGACAUUGCUGGCACCGAGACUCUUUCCCAAUCGCGAAUUUGGCUGACUUUGUCUGAUUUGCAGGAUUGUUGGAGAUAACAGCAAUGUUUCACAAUAUUGUAUAAGUUGACGGUCUAAUAUAGAGAGGCGCUGGAUAAACGG